AUGGAGAAGAGGAGAGAAGAUUUCGGGAGGCUGAACCCGAUUAAAACUCCCAAUAAGUUCAGAAACCAGGAGAAGUUUUGUGCGUACCACAACGAGGUAGGGCACGACACCUCCAAAUGCUACGCCCUAAAAGAUGCAAUUGAAGAACUGAUUCGAAGGGGCUGGCUGCGAGAUUACGUGGUGCGACCUUCAAACCAGCCACCCCAGCAGACGAAUCAACGACCUCCCCCCGAGGAUGAGCAUGCACCUAUGGUUCGAACGAUCUACACAAUCCACGGUGGACCUCACCUAGCAGGCACAUCGAACAGGUCGCAUGAAAGGUAUGUACGCGAAACUAAUCACGUCUUGAUAGCAGGAUCUAUUGAGCAGACGGGACCAUCUAAGCGAACUAGGGUGGCAAUGAAAGAAAUCACCUUCUCCAAAGAUGAUGCCAAGGACAUACACUGGCCGCACAAUGACGCCCUUGUCAUUCGUGCUCGCAUCGGCAACAUGGAGGUACGAAGAAUAAUGGUAGACACUAGCAGCUCGGUGAAUGUGAUGUAUAGGGCCUGUUUCGACCAAAUGGGACUAGGGCCCGAGCAAUUGAGCUCAUCCCUAGAGCCGCUCUACGGAUUCACGGGAGACGCAGUUGUUCCCAUAGGGCGGGUUAAACUCCCAUUCACUGUUGGGAGCCCAGGUCGCGAAGCAACGGCAAUGGCAGAAUUCCUUAUUAUUGACUGUCCCUCAGCGUACAACGUCGUGCUCGGGCGGCCGGUGAUGAACGAGCUGGACAUGGUCGCCUCAAUUAGGGCUCUGACCGUCAAGUUCCCGACUGACAAUGGAACAGGAUGUGUGCGGGGAGAACAACACCUCGCGAGACGCUGCUAUGAGGACGCGGUCAAGAUGGGGGCCAAAGGAAAGAGAGUGAACGUGGUCGCAGGAGGAGCUCAGCGACCUUCUAGUCAGAGCGGGGUAAACUAUGACCUGGAUCCUCGAGAAGUGGAUUGUGACAAAGCCUCCGGCCCGGUGGAAGAACUUGAAGAAGUCCCGACCAGCGAAGUGGAUGCUGAAAGGUGUCUAAAGCUCGGAAAGAAUCUGGCCCCUGAGGUAAAGUAUCAAUUGGUUGAAUUCCUUAAAGCUAACCUGGACGUGUUUGCUUGGAACCAUGAAGAUAUGGUAGGCAUAGCCCCGGAGGUCAUGUCGCACAGGCUCAAUGUGGACCCCAGCUACAGACCAGUGUGGCAGAAGAGGAGGUUAAUGACUCCAGAGCGUUACGCCGCCCUUAAAGAGAAGGUGGAUAAGCUCUUGGACAAUGGAUUCAUCAGAGAAGCCCAAUACCCAAUCUGGGUAGCCAAUCCAGUCCUGCUCGUGGAUGCAACAGCGGGGCACCAGCUCCUCAGUUUCAUGGACGCCUACUCAGGAUACAACCAGAUCCCCAUGAAUUCUAGCGAGGAGAAGCACACGUCAUUUAUCACCGAUCGUGGGCUGUACUGCUACAAAGUUAUGCCGUUUAGACUGAAGAAUGCUGGGGACACCUACCAGAGGCUCAUGAAUACAAUGUUCGAAGCACAGAUUGGGAGAAUAAUGGAGGUAUAUGUCGACGAUAUGCUGGUUAAAUCUGAGCAGGUCGCAGAUCAUGUUCGCGAUUUAGGAGAAAUGUUCGAGGUCCUCAGGAGCUAUCGCAUGAAAGUAAAUCCACUGAAGUGCACUUUUGGAGUGGCUUCCGGGAAAUUCUUGGGAUUCAUAGUCAACAACAGAGGCAUCGAGGCCAACCCGGAGAAAAUAAAGGCCUUGCUGGAUAUGAGAUCUCCCACAAAGAAGAAGGAUGUACAGAGCCUUACCGGUCAGGUCGCUGCCCUGAGCCGCUUUAUCUCCAAAGCGACUGACAAAUGUAUUCCUUUCUUCAAUACGUUAAGGAAGGCCCAAGGCUUCGAUUGGAGCGGAGAAUGCGAGCUCGCGUUCCAGCAGUUGAAGGCGUAUAUGGGGCAAGCGCCACUACUUUCAAAACCCAAGGAUGGGGAAAAAUUGGUCGUCUAUCUGGAAGUGUCAGAGCACGCUCCUAGCGCAGCAUUGGUUCGAGAGGAAGAAGAGGUGCAAUACCCCGUCUACUACGUCAGCAAGAGGUUGGUGGACGCAGAAACAAGGUACACACUGAUGGAGAAGCUCGCAUACUGCCUAGUCACAGCAUCGAGGAAGUUGCGUCCUUAUUUCCAAGCCCAUCAGAUCGACGUUCUGACCAAGUACCCCCUGAAGCAGAUUUUGCAGAAACCAGACACCUCAGGCCGCCUACUAAAAUGGGCGAUCGAGCUCGCUCAGUUCGACUUGGAAUAUAGACCAAGGACGGCUAUCAAAGGAUAA